AUGAAUAAAUGGACACUUAAAUUUGAAAAUUAGGCAUUGGAAUCUUAGUUUUAAGCAAAAUAACAGGAUAAUCAUAAAACCUUUAUUUUUAAAGUUAUAACUAUCUCAUCAAUUAUUUUGCAUAUAGGAAAACUUAUAUCUGAUUCAUUUUAAAACUCACCUUUAAGAAUAGAAUUAUAAGCCCCAGGAUUGAUUGUGUCAUUAAUCACUUUAAUAGUAUUAUUUAAGUAUCCUGAAUAUUCUUCAAAUUUGAUGACUUUACUAAAUUACUCGUUUUCAAUAGUCUAAUUUUGGGUUGACAACACUUAUGGUUAAUAAAGAAGUUUUGUUUUAGGAUCAAAUGUGAUGGCCACAUAAAUGAUUCUAAUGAUGUCUUUAGACUUUUAUCAAAUAGUUCCAUAGAUUGUAAUACAAUGUAUUUUAAAGUUGUUGAUAAUGAGUAAAUAUUAAGAGGAAAAUUUGAGGGCUGUUACAAUAAUAUAUAGUGUACUUGUUGCAAUAAGUUCAAUCGUAGCUUAUUAUAUAAUAGGCUAAGCUAAGAGAAAGCAGUUUUUAUUGACUGUCAAAGAAGAUAGAUAUUGUAAAAAAUUUUUUUAUUUUAGUACAAUAUUUACCGAAAUUUAUUUCAGUCCCUUUUAUGUUUUUUGAAUAUUAAUAAGGAUAGUUUUAGCCUAUUCUAGUAAGUAAACAAAAUAGGAUAAAAAAAUGGAAUACAAAUCUUUGUGAUGGUUGUAAUUUACGAAGUUUAAUUAGAUAUAUUCAUUUUGAAAAUUAAACUUUGGAAAGCUAUUUAUUGGAAAAAUUAAGUACAAUAAAAAGCUCUUUUGAAUAAGGUAACAUAAUUGAUGAAUUUUCUUUCACAUUUAGAGGAUACUCACAACUAGAUGUAAUAAUCACAAUAACAGACAAAGUUAAAUUUUUAGUAAAGUUUAUAAGUUCAUCUUAAAGCUCUUUAUAGGAGAAAAUUGCACUUGAUAAAAUUAAUCAUUUUUAUCGUUUGAUAAGAGAAGUUUUUAAGUGCAUAUAAAGACCUGAAAAAUAUAGAAACAUAUUAUUCGAUAUUUCUAUUCAAUUUAUAUCUGGAUUUUAUUUAUAUGGUAAUAAAGAAGUUCAUUUUUAUCCAGUUGAAACUGUUAGAAAUGUGAUUAAAUUUGUUGGAGCAUCAAAUGUUUUAUUAAAUGCUGAUUAAUCAACAUAAGGUUUUAGUUUGAUAGGUUCAAAAAAUUAGUUUUCUGUAUUUUUUUUAUAGAUUUGUAGAAUAUUAAAGAUUACUCAUAGUGAACUUGAAUUUAUAAUAAUAAGAAUAAGCAUGUCAUAAGAAAAUUAAUUAAUUUUUGAAUUUUCUCUAAAAAGAGAGAAUUUAUAAAAAUUUAUUCAUUUGUAUAAGAUAAAUAAAUUUUUGUAAGCUUUAGAGUUAGUUCUUUUUGAGAAAAGUAUAGAUUUUCAGAAUGAAUGCUAAUUAAAAAUGAGGAGAAUUUCAAUUGAUGAUCCUAAAUAAGUAAUUUGA